AUGCUGUUAGAUGUUACCGGUAACUUCCAAGUCCGACAAGCUAUUCUGACUCACACAUGCACGGUUGACGAGCGUAGGAACUUUCACAAAUUAGCUACAACUCAAGUUAUAGGAGAGAUCCUACAGUCCCGAUUGGUAGGAAUUAAGAAGGGACUCACACCUGCAGGGAUAAGGAAAAUACUGCUUGAUGAAUUCAAUGUGAAUGUUUCAUAUUGGAAAGCUUGGCGUGCAAGAGAGCUAGCCAUGGAACAUGCAAUGGGGACAAUGGCCGGGAGCUACUCACUCAUUCCUGCAUAUCUGGGACUGUUGCAAGCAUCAAACGAAGGGACCCUUUGCUUUAUGGAGCAAAACGAUGACCCAGAGGGGGGGGGGACACGGUUUAAAUACUGCUUCGUUGCAUAUGGAGCUUCUGUAGCAGGGUACGCCUCGAUGAGGAAAGUAGUGGUGGUUGACGGCACUUCUAUGAAAGGCAAGUAUGGAGAGUGCCUCUUAUCGGCAGCCGCACAAGACGGAAAUUUUCAAAUAUUUUCCCUAGCUUUUGCAGUGGUUGACAGCGAAAACGAUAACGCCUGGGAGUGGUUUUUCCAGAAGCUGAGCACAUUUGUCACCGACUGCCCCCAGCUCGUCUUUAUCUCGGACAGACAUGCUAGCAUAUACUCCGGCAUGCGUAAGGUGUACAAAGAAGCCUAUCACGCAGCCUGUGUGGUCCAUCUCUGGCGCAAUAUUCAAGUACUCUAUAAGACACCAAGACUUGGAAACCUAAUGUCUGCUGCAGCUAGGGCAUUCACGAUCACGGAGUUUAAUAGGAUGUUCAUACAAAUCCAGAGAAUUAACCCUGCUUGUGCUGCCUAG